AUGGAGACUAAAACAAUCUUUUUGGUGUUUUUCAUAAUUACCCCUUUGGUAUCAUAUGCGUAUCCAAAUUUGGAUCAAGAAAAUGUUGACGAUAAACCACUGAUCAAUUCCAGUCACGUUCACAUUUUUGAUUUAGUGGAUGCGACAUCGCGGGCUUCGCAAGAUUACAAUGAUCAUAUGCUAGAGAAUCUUCCACCAAAAUACCAAAUGUAUCUCCAAACAUGCAUGGACAAGAUGGAGCCCAUUGGGAAAUGUGGUCUAGAUGUUCUUAAAGAAAUUCUUACGAAUGAACAUGUUCCAAGAAAGUGUUGUAAGAAGAUAUUAAGGGCUGGAAAAAAAUGCUACAUGGAGAUUCAAAAGAUUAUGUUUCGAUUAUAUCAACUGAAACGCUUUGCUUCUCGAGUUUCUUUCAGAAUUAACCAUGUUUGGGAUAGAUGUUCUAAAGUAGUUGAAAAUCCUUCAUUAUCUCACCAUGAGGCGAUUGAGUUAUCUUGA